AUACUGUAUGUGGGAUAGAGGCAGCCCAUUUCUCCCUCCCCAGGUCUCCUCCUCUCUUAGUCAGUACAGUUAGCAGGAGAAAGCAGCUCACAGAGAGCAGGCUGGAUGAGCCAGGAAGGCAGGCUGCACACAUCUUCCUGGGAAAUAUCAUUUGUCCUGUGGUUUGCAUUGCACAUUGCUGGAUUACACCCAUCCGCUGGAGAUCUGCAAAGUGGAGUUUAUAAAGAAAAGUUGCAAAAAGUUUCUGCAAACUUUUUUUUUUUUUUAAAUCUUGACUUCCUUUUUUUUUUUCCCCAACUAAAGAGGAGAGCUUCAGUCAGACUGAUCUGGUUGCUUUCUACAUGUGAGUACCUGGCUGCCUGGAUUGAAGUUAUCAAGGAAAGCAUCAGAAGAUGGGAGCAAGGUCCGAUCUAUGGUCAGUCACUGUGUACUUACCUCUCCUGUGCUGCCUGAUAGGGGAGGUCUGCUCUUUUGGAGAUGAAGAGGAAAGGAGAUGUGACCCCAUCAAGAUUACCAUGUGCCAAAACCUAGGCUACAAUGUCACCAAGAUGCCCAAUCUGGUUGGGCACGAACUGCAGACGGAUGCAGAGCUUCAGUUGACCACCUUCACCCCCCUCAUACAGUAUGGGUGCUCCAGUCAGCUACAGUUUUUCCUUUGUUCGGUGUAUUUUCCAAUGUGCACGGAGAAGAUUAACAUCCCCAUUGGUCCUUGUGGUGGCAUGUGCCUUUCUGUCAAGAGACGCUGUGAACCUGUCCUCAACGAGUUUGGAUUUGCUUGGCCAGAUAGUUUAAACUGCAGUAAAUUCCCUCCCCAGAAUGACCACAAUCACAUGUGCAUGGAGGGCCCAGGAGAUGAAGAUGUCCCACUGCACAGCAAGACGUCCCUGCAGCCUGGAGAAGACUGCAAUACAUUUGGGCCAAAUUCGGAGCAAUACACUUGGGUUAAAAGAAGCAUGAAUUGCGUCUUGAAGUGUGGCUAUGACGCGGGGCUCUAUAAUCGCCAGUCCAAGGAAUUCACCGACAUCUGGAUGACUGUAUGGGCCAGUUUGUGUUUCAUAUCAACGGCAUUCACCGUCUUAACUUUCUUAAUUGACUCAUCCAGGUUCUCCUAUCCUGAGAGACCCAUCAUUUUCCUCAGCAUGUGUUAUAACAUUUAUAGCAUUGGUUAUAUUGUGAGGUUAACGGUGGGUCGUGAAAGAAUAUCCUGCGAUUUUGAAGAGGCGGCUGAACCUGUUCUUAUUCAGGAAGGGCUGAAAAACACAGGAUGUGCCAUUAUUUUCUUGCUGAUGUACUUUUUUGGGAUGGCUAGCUCCAUCUGGUGGGUUAUUUUGACGUUGACCUGGUUUCUCGCAGCUGGCCUCAAGUGGGGACACGAGGCUAUAGAAAUGCACAGCUCCUAUUUCCAUAUUGCUGCGUGGGCCAUUCCUGCCGUGAAGACCAUUGUCAUCUUGAUCAUGAGACUUGUAGACGCUGAUGAGUUGACCGGGCUAUGCUACGUUGGCAACCAGAACAUCGAUGCCCUCACGGGCUUUGUCGUUGCCCCACUCUUCACCUAUUUGGUGAUCGGUACACUAUUUAUAGCUGCUGGACUUGUGGCCUUGUUUAAAAUUAGGUCCAAUCUUCAAAAAGACGGAACGAAAACAGACAAAUUGGAAAGACUAAUGGUCAAAAUCGGGGUCUUUUCUGUUUUGUACACCGUCCCGGCUACGUGUGUGAUAGCUUGCUACUUCUAUGAGAUCUCCAACUGGGCUGUUUUCCGUUACACGGGCGAUGAUUCCAACAUGGCAGUGGAGAUGCUCAAGAUAUUUAUGUCCCUGUUGGUGGGCAUCACGUCUGGCAUGUGGAUUUGGUCAGCCAAGACUCUACAUACGUGGCAAAAGUGUUCUAACAGAUUAGUGAACUCAGGAAAGGUAAAACGGAAGAAGAGGGCCGAUGCUUGGGUAAAGCCGGGCAAAGGGAACGAGACUGUGGUAUAGACAGCGGUUUGCACAAAUAUUCUUUUAUUUUGAAAGAGAACGCUGUAAUAAAUCAAAUUUACUUGCUGUUACUGGAGAUGUAGGAUCUCCCAAACCGCUGGUUAACCCUAAAAACUUCCUUUGGAUGUACGUUCUGCAAUCUAAUAGUGCACUGAAAUUUGAGGAAAGGAAAGUUGGUUUUCUUUUGUCCUUGGUUUAAGACUUAAAGGCCGACCAAGAGGUAAAAUUAAUGACCUCAGGAAGUUCAAUUUUUCCAGCUCUGUCUGAUUUGUCAGCGCUUGAGCCCUUUCCUGAGUAAUUAAAAAAAAAACACAUAUUUCGGUGCUGCAUCAAAGCAAAUGUUUUAGGUUACAUUGUGGUAAAGUCUUAAAACUUGUACACGAUUGGAAGGCUGCUUCACGAGAGAAACAAUUAAGGGACACGUCGACAAAGCAGCGCGACGGCGCAAGGCACAUUUCGUCCAGUUUCUACACAAGUGUUUUGCAGAGUAGCACCACUAUGUAAACUUUGCCCAAGGUGUAUUUUAAUAAGUUUAACUAAAAAAGAAAGAAAAAGAACGAGAGAAGCCGCUGAACACUGGAAGCUGUAAUUAGUGUUUGACUACAGUGCCUCGUAAAAGGUAUUUUCAUUUAUUGAGGUGUUGUUACUUAAGUAAAUCACAGCUCAUAGACUACAGUAAUAUCUGUUGUCUAGCGUGCUGACUCCUGGUGGUGCAUCAUGGGAGAUGUCGUCCAGAUACAUUGCUGUUUAUGGAUUGGUUAUUCAUACUUCCUGCUCUAGUACUUGAUGGUUCCAGAGAUCCCGAAAAAAACAGGAGGUUUAAUAACAGAAACUCUGUGGAAUUGUCUGGUUUAGUUCAUUAUGCACUAAAAGUGAAAAUAUAUAGAAAAUAAAUAGGCUCCUAUGGAUUUAAAAGGAAUGAAAAAUAAUGCACUAUUUGCUACCUGGCUCUGUAUAUAGAAUAAGAAUACUCUAUGUGGUGCCUUUGUAAAAUAUGAGGUAAAAAAAAAUAGUAUUAUCAUGUUAAACAUUGCAACUCCUAUCUAGACCCUGUUCUCUGUUUUGCUGCUGAAGUCAAUUGCCAGUUAAAGAAAAGUGCACUGCGGUGGUGGCCAUUUUGUGAGCUGAACCAUUAUUGUCAAGAACACGGCCUAUUGUGGGGAUGCUUCCAGAGAGAUAAAAUGGAGUAGUUGCCCACAGAAACCUGUCGGCUUCUAGCUAUCAUUUAUCUAGCACAGUCUGUAAAAUGACAGUUAGGUCAUUGGUUGCUAUGGGCAGCUUCUCCACAGUGUCUCUCUGAAAGGUUUGAUGCACAGUGACAUGAUGAUGGUUGUCUACCAAGUGGCUCAUGCCUCAGUGAUUUCCCUAGUUCUGGCUUUCUCAGAAAAAAAUUCACCUACAAAAUAGCCCCUAUUCUGUAUAAGAGAAAAGUACCCCUAAACCACAGGUGUGUCAGUCAUUUUGAUUGCCUUGCCGAAGGUGUCCUUUUAUUGCUGGCUUUCAAAUGGCUAAAUAUAUGAACAACUAGUACAUAAAUGCCAUCUGCCCUUUAUUCCCACAGACAGUCCAAGGUUUUAAAGAUGUAUCCCUAUGAUGUUAUAAUUCAUAAUGAUCAUGUAAUGAUGGGGUUUAUACUGCACUGAAGUCUGCUUCAACUGUACUGAUUAUAGCAUGAUUAAAUGCAUAGUCCCUAUCCCUAUAGUAAAAUCCCGAAUUUUGGGGAGUCCCUCCCUGACUCCUCUUAGAGUAGGUCAAUUUUCUUUCCUGUGAAGUGGGCAGUACCUUGAUGACGCGUUUCGCAUUAUGAGUUUUGCUACUGGUUUCUGAGCAUGGAUUUAUUUAAUUGCACAGUGGCAGGCUGAGCCAAUGUGAGUCAAGUUACUAUGGCCCCAUUACCUGUGGCAGAAUUACACGGAUCAUGCCAUUGAACCACGGGGGGCUAGAAUGACGUAUAUUAAGUUAUCCCCUGCAUAAUCCCGUAAUCUUUUGCAGUGGAGGUGCAAAAUUUAAAUUACCUUCCUACAUAUAAGUAAAAUGCCGCUGGGAAUUACUUAAAAAUGAGUAUUGAACUUUCUGUUGUACGUUAACCUGAUAUGUUAAAAUUCCCCCAUAUUUUCCAUUGCAGGCAGUCGUACCGAUUCAAUUAAGUGAGAGUGCCACCAAAAGCCCCUUAUUCGCUUGCAGCCUAUGGGGAUACACGCAGAAGCCAUCUGAACCCUAUGGGGAUACAAGCAGAAAUGGGCUGAUAAAUGCACAGCAUAACUGAAUCUGCCCCAUCGGCUGAACUUUGAACUCAUUACAAGUAUACCUGCUUUGCUUGAUAUGUGUUUGCAGUUUAAAAUAAGAAUCAGACUCGUAUAAGUCUUUUGUGAGACACGAGUCGACCCUACCACCCUUCCACAAUUCUUUGAUAUGUGAUCCAUACAGAGUAACUUAAGAUUUUGGCAGUUUUUAUUGCUAAAGAAUUUAAUAGCUAAAGACUCAGUCACUUCUUAUAUCAUAUUCACAUAGGUGUCUUUUAAAUUACUGUGCCUUUUAUAAAGGGAAUAAAGGGCGAUGUGAGCUCUCCUGGGCAGAAAGCUGUGCCGUUAAUCAGGAGAUUCAAGUCUAGUAAUAAUGAGUCAGUAGGGAUUACAAUAUAUGAUGAAUACAGAGUAUUUUUAUAUUAUAAUAAUAAUAAUUGUCACUAGCACAAAAAGCAUUGCGGAGCUCCACCAAAAAAGACAAAAAGGUCAUAGACUAUGAUACGAAAAAGUAGUUGAUAUGUUAAAAGUAUGUUUUGUUGCUAAGAUCUAAGGUGGAGAACUAUUUCUAAAGGUGUUCGUAUGGUUUGUUCAUGCCAAUUCGCUGUAUGGCGCUUUUCACGUGUAAGCGCCUUAACAUUAGGUCAAUAAAGUAGUUCCCGUCAUUGCGUUGUAAAAUGUUAACGCUCUGUUUGCAUGUUUUGGGACAAGGGCAAGUACAGGUGGCUUGGCCACACGAUUCUUGUCAUCAAGGCCCUGUCCUCUGCUGCAGAGUGUAACAAAUCAUGUGCACCAGUUAUGCCCACUUUCCUUGUUGCUAGAGAGCCACAAAAUGGCUGACACCAUUAUGUGUAGACGACAGCUGCACUCUUACAAACUCACAAGUACUCACUGGCCGAUGGCAGAGAGAUGUGUGCUGAGCGAACCGCUCAGCACACAUCUCUCCCGGCGCUCAGCACAGCGCGAUCUGUGCUGAGCGUGCGGGGGGAGACGGGGGGGCCGCUCACUUCACCCAGCGGGUGAAGUGAGCGACCCGCUAGAUUGGCCUGCAUGCAGGCCAAUCUAGCAGCAGCGAUAGCGAUGCGCGGGGCUGCGCAUCGCUAUCGCUAAGGGGGCUACACACGGAGCGAUCGUGCUUAAAAUCUAAGCAAUCUAGUCAGAUUGCUUAGAUUUUAAGCAGCGAUCGCUCCGUGAGUUCCCCCAAGAGAUCGCUGUUUUGUUCUUCUCUAAUUAAUUAUCAGCAACUUGUAAACCAUGGUAUUAUUUGUCCCAAAAAAAACAAUAGUUCAUCAUGGCGGCACCAAAGACCUAAAAUGGCAACCAAUCCCGCACUGGCAACUUCUGUUACCGUCCUGCUCCGUGUGUUCCUCCAGUUUAACAGUGCUGUAAUAUUUUCUUGAAUCCCUAGUAAACUUCGGGAAAAAUUGUUGCCAGAGCACGUAAAACCCUCUGCAGCUUUAAAGACGACGAAAUCGUGUUUACAAAUUGCUUUUAUUUGCUAGAUUGACACUAAUUGCAUCUUAUUACAUCAUCAUCCAGUUCACGGGAAGGUUGAGUUUAGAAAAAAAGGGAACGAUUUACUUUGUGGGUCAUUAUAUAAUGGUUGGAAUUGUACUGUUUUUUUUAAUUUAAAAAUAUGAGGUCAGCGCCAUUGGCUUAUAAUUGAGCAUGACCCAAUAGAUUUCCUAAUAGUGACGCCAUUUUCUUUGUUACAUCUGAUCAUUUGUAAGCAGCCAUACUACAGUAUAUGCGUAGGCAUGUCAAAAAUUAGUGAAAAAAAAGUAGAGGGUUUGUAUAUUGCAUUGCUCAAAUAAUCGCUGCAGCUGGGAUGAAUGGUAUCCGGUCUUUAGGUUGACCCUGUCUAGGUCAACAGUCACUAGGUGUACCACUGAAGGUCAUCAGUAAGUAGGUCAACAUUGACUGAAGGUCAACACAUGACUAGGUUGACAUGUAUGGAAGACCAACAUGGUCAUUAGGUCGACGUGGGCAAGGUCGACAGUUUUUUUUUUUUGGCGGGGUUUCAGGGCCUUUUCCUACCUCCUCUAUCCAAGUGGGCAUAGAGUUAGUUAUAAACCUUGCGGCGAGCGUAGCAAGCCACCGUGCCCGAAGCGUGGCGAGCGAACGCGUUUCAACUGUUGAUGGUCCCAGAUGGAAAUACGGGUCAAGAAACCCCUUAAAGCUUACAAAAAAAACUGUGCCGACAUUUUGUGUGUUGACCUUGCCCACGUCGACCCAAUGGCCAUGUCGACCUUGCAUACCUGUUGACCUAGGUCAUGUGUCGACCUUCAGUCUACUUACUGUUGACCUUCAGUGGUCGAUCUAGUGACUGUCGACCUAGCCAGGGUCGACGCAAUGACCCACACCUGGGAUGAAUAAGACGUGCUAUUUUGUAGUUGCUACUUGGAAAAAGAUAUAAAAUUGUUAUCGGAAAUGAAAAUAUGAGAGCUUGGCCUAUGUACUGCCUUAAUGAAAGGAAUAAUUAUUUUUCACUCGCACUCUUUAGUUGAGCACAAACUUCAGUUGUACCAUAGAUCUGCACAAUCUGUUUAAUGUAGGAGUUGUCUUUUCUAGGUGUAAAUGUACCAGGGAGAGAUAUAUCAAACCUUGAAGAGUGAUAAAGUGGAGAUAGUUAACGUACCAACCAAUCAGCUCCUGCCGUUUUUCAAACACAGUCUGUCACAUGGCAGUUAGGAGCUGAUUGGCUAGUACUUUAUCUCUCUCCAGCUUAUUUCUCCCCAAGGCUUGCUACACUAGACCCUGAAUGUGACAAAAAAAAAAAAGCCUUGUGCCUUAGAAGUCUGACGGACACAUUCUACUUAUUUCUGUUGAGAUGGAGUUGUGCCUUUAAGCGCCUCGCCCCACUUAUACCUGCUGACGAAACAACUUCUGAUAUGUCGACAAAAACUUCCAGGUACAAGUCCUAUACUCAUGUUAGACAUGAAUUUGUGAACCUCUGGAAAUAGACACUGCUUUAUAUGGGUGUUAUAUUUUGUAUAUGUCUUUAAUGAUAUGUCUUGUAAAUUUCUAAUUUAUCACUGUACAAAUCCUUUUUAUAUUUAAUUUUUUAUCAAAAAAAUAAAAAUAAAGCACAUCA